AUGCAAGGUGAAGAAGAAUGGUCUUAUACUGGUAUUUGGGGAGCCCUUUAUUUCGGAAAGGAUUUGAUGAACAAUGUCUUUUGUUUGAAACUAAUCAAUGUUGAAACCAAUCAAGUUACUUGGUCUCAUGAAUGUUAUGAACAAUUCCAAUUUGAACAAUUGAAUGACAAUUUUAUUUCCUUUGAAAGCGAUGAUAGAAUUGUUGGUAUCAAUGUUGCCUUGAAUAGUAAGACUGCUGCUUCAAAGUUUAGCAGCUUUGUUAACAACCGUCUCUCUAAUGUUGUCUCUGCUUCUCCACCAACUAGUGUAUCAUCAAAUGCAACAAGUAAUCCACCACCACUUCCUGAAUCAAUCAGUAAGCCAUCCAAUGACAAGCCAAAGAAUCCACUCCCUCAAACAUCUUCUCCAAGUAGUCCUGUACCAAAGAAGGAAGAAAAGGCAGCAGGUGGUGUCUUUGGUUUCUUUAGAGGUGUCAAGGAUAAGUUCUUGAAGAAGGAAGAAGUCAAACCAGUCGAAGAACCAGUUGACAAUAGACCUUCAAGAUCAAACUUUAGAAUGGGCUCUGUAAAGAAUUUCCAAAACACUGCUCACGUUGGUAUCAAUCAUGAAACUGGCCAAUUUGAAGCUAGCGGUCUUCCAACUGAAUACUUGGACGUUUUGGGAGGUAUGGGUGUUGAAGCUAAUGAUCCAAAGACUCAAGAACGUCUCCAAAAACUCAUGCACAAGUAUGAAAAGAAAGUUGCCAAACAAAGACAAAAGGCACAUGAAGAUGACAAUCAAAUUGUUGAUGAGAUUAGAACAGUCUCUAGUGAUGCAUCUUCAGGAAGAGUUCCACCUCCUCCACCACCUUUUGGAGUUUCUUCACCAUCCAGUGGUGUUCCUCCACCUCCACCUAUGCCUGUAUCUAUGGGAUCUGUUCCUCCACCUCCACCAAUGGGAGGAUCAGUUCCACCACCUCCACCAAUGACUUCAUAUGUUUCAGAUGACUAUGAUGGAGGAGCAGGUAGUAUUCCACCUCCACCACCAGUUUCAAUGGGAUCUAUUCCACCACCACCACCACCUAUGGGAGGAGGAAGUUUUGCUGUACCACCACCACCCCCAAUGGGAGGAUCUAUUCCACCACCACCUCCUGUUGGAGCUAUUCCACCACCACCACCAAUGGGAGGAGGUCCAAUUAAGGUUGAGGUCAAACCAAAGGCCACUCCAACCUCCCCUCCAGUCUCAAAGCCACCUCUUCCAUCAAAGCCUGCUGACUUCCUUUCUGAAAUCAAGACUUUCUCUAAGGACAAUUUGAAGAAUCCAACACCUCCACCUGUAACUGAUUUUACAGAAAAUGAAAAGGAAGGUUUCAAGUCAUAUCUCAUGAAAAAGUUCUCUAACACUGGUAUCCAUGACGAAGAGGAUUCUGAUACUGAUUCAGAUGAUGAAUGGUAA